ACUGGUUUAGUGGUUUACUAGGAGGCAGGGUUUUGCAGAGGCUUUUCACUGUUAUCUGGGUUCCAAACUCCCAAAUUCCAAUCGAGAGAACAAAGAAAUGGCAGCUACAAUUGCAUCGAGAUCUUCUUUUCUUCGUCCAAUUCUCCGAACAGCAACAACAUCGACAAUAGCAAGAACCAAAAUCUCAUUUUCAGGUCCAAGUUCUUCACUUCGAUCCAAUUUCAGUCUUCAUCAGACCCGGAUUUCUCCUCCCUCUCUUUCUCGGUUCGUUCGACGAGAACUAAGCACUCUUCAACCGCUUCACAGUGCGGUUGCAUCGGCUUGCCUUGUUUCCAAGCUUCCUUCCGAUGCUAAUAGUUGUGCUGAAGGUCGAUUUGCUAACUAUAUCAGUCCCAUCUAGUAGCAAGCGGUUGUAGAGGUUGAGUUUACUUCUUUCAUAGUAGCAGUGCUGCUUACUUCAUUCUAUAAUUCAGAACUCAGCUUUUCAGGGAAUCAAUUGGCUGAAUGUGUUUUAUUGACCUACAUUUAAUUAGUUGGUGGGUGUAAGUGACUCUUGUAAUCUUCUCAGGUUUUAAUGAUUUUAAUUUACAUUCAA